CUUCCUCCCCUCACAUGUCAACGUGACUUUGCCGACUGCCGACCUGAGGGAAGUGACUGAGCCACAUUAGCCUUUAAAAUGCUGCUUUUAUCGAACAGGAUAAAGUUAUGUUCGCUGGCGUUCACAGCCGCGCGCAUGUACAGCAGCGGCCCGGCUGCCGCCAACAAGAACCCGACGGUUUACUUCGACAUCUCUGCGGACAGCCAGCCUCUCGGCAGGGUAACGUUUGAGCUCAACGCCGAGGUUGUGCCGAAAACCGCAGAGAACUUCAGAGCGCUGUGCACUGGUGAGCAUGGCUUCGGAUACAAGGGAUCGACUUUCCACAGGGUGAUCCCUCAGUUCAUGUGCCAGGGUGGAGAUUUCACCAACCACAAUGGAACUGGAGGGAAGUCUAUUUACGGCUGGAAGUUUCCCGAUGAGAACUUCAAGCUGAAGCACACUGGACCUGGUAUCUUGUCUAUGGCCAAUGCUGGACCCAACACCAACGGAUCCCAGUUCUUCAUCUGCACCGCCAGAACCGAAUGGCUGGAUGGCAAGCAUGUUGUCUUUGGCAGCGUGAAGGAAGGACUGGACGUGAUCAUGAAAGUGGAGUCUUUCGGUUCCCGGUCUGGGCGAACCUCCAAGAGGAUCACUAUCACAGACUGCGGAGAGCUCGUGUGAGAUCCCCAUGUGGACGCGGUCGUAGUCUCAUCUCCUGCUGUAAUUUCAACGUGAGAGUCUGAGUGAAAGAGGCUCUUUCUUCAGUCAUGGCACAGAGUGAUACCUCGCUUUGCUAACAACUGAUUAUUUCACAGCCACACUCAGAUUUUAUUCUUCUGGUACUUAAAAUGUUAGUCUUCCUUCAGGAACGCACUUAAUUGUGUAAUGCUAUAAAAUGUGAACUUGUAUUAUAGAAGACAACAGGAUGACGGGUUCUACUGUAUUUGAAUGAGCUAUUAAUUCUUCAACAUGCAUUGAAACAUGGCAUUUCUUUGCAAAAAAUAAAGUCAUUGUUUUCUAAAUAUG